GUUUUGGGCGGUCGGUGAUGGGGUUCCUCAAAGCAGAAGGCCUGACUGCCCACAUAGGAAACAUUGUGGCCCUGGAUCCACCUCAGAGUUGGUGGGGAAAGAGCCAAAUGGGAUUUUUUUUUUUUUAAAUCAAGCAGUAAUUAAAGUGGCUUGAGCAGUGAGGACAGACUACAUUCCCAUUAGAAAAGGCCUUUUGAAGAGGAAGUUGUAAAGAAUAGCAAGAGGGGUCAUCAGAGGCUGCUUCUCCAGACCCUGUUGGAAAACAUCUUCCAAAGUAUUUGAGCCUGGAAAUACAAUUAUCAGGGUGGAAAUAGACCAUUGUGUGGUUCAAGGAUACUGAGUUUGAAUAGGACCAUAACUGAAAUACAGAGCUCGGAGCGUGUCCUUUCAGCCUGGUGGGCACGGGUCGAGGCUGUGAUCACCAGAAGACUUACACCUCCACUUAAAGAAUGCAGAAGCUUUGAAAUGGGACAGGAAAGGAAAGCAAUGGGGAGAAAAGGGGGUUGCAGAGGUUGGAGCUUUGUUGCUUUGGUGAAAAUCAGGAGGCGGGCUAGCCUACAUUCUGGAUAUAAAUGUCUUCAGAAUUAGGGCAUACACUGCUGCCAGUGUUUGCUGAUGGGGGUGGAACUGGAGCCCCUGGACCCAUCUCCAACCUAGAUGUCAGGCCUCCAACCCUUCUGUUUAAAGAGGGUCUGCCCCUGGUGUAUUCCCCUUGAGAGCAUGGGCUCAUUCCCCUGCAAAGCUGAGCAAAUGACAACCUUAAAAAAAAAAGCAGAUCAGAGAGGGGAUGGGUCCUCCAACUGGGGUGAUUGGUGAUGACCAAGAAGGGGUAAGGUGGACAGGUGCAGCUAUACUUGACUUCAGGAGCUGUUGGGUGGGUGUCUUUACAGGGCCUGGAAUGGGGGAGGACAGUUUGCUGGCCAGCAGUUGGGAAAAGUGGCCUGAUUAAAGUAGACUUUAUGGGUUACAUCUUAGCAGCAUGACUUAGUGGUUUUGGGACCUUGGCAAAUUAUUGAACUUCCCUAAGGGCCCCAUUUCCUUAUCUUCAAAAUAAGGAUAAUUAUAACCUCUGCCUUAUGGAAUGGUAGUGAGGAUUCAGUGAAAUAAUGCGGGUAAAGCUCUUAACCUCAGGGCCUGGCAGUUAGUACGCACUCAGUAAGUCCUAGCUAGUAUUCCUCAGCCUGGUGUGGACAAGGCAGGAGGAGGGCUAGGAUGUCAGGAUGGAACCUGAAGGCCUGUGAGGACCUCAGACCAGGGCUUGGAAUGCAAGAAAGAGGAACAAGCGAUUAGAGGAGGGCAGGGCGCUGAGGGUCAAAGGCGCAUGCCCGGUGAUAGCAGGUGCAGGGGGGCGCGCCGCCGCCGCCGCCGCCGGGGCCUCCCCUUUAAGAGCCGCCGCCGCCCACGGCCCGCCGCUGCGGCAGGGACCUCCCCUUUAACCGCGGCUGUUCGGCGCUCCGCGGCCCCCGCGGCGGCUGCUGCUGUGGCUGCUCUGCUUCUGCGGCUCCUGCUGCCGCUGCGGGCGCUCGACCUCCGGCACCUGCAUCCUCGGCCGCGGUCCGGGUCCUCCCCGCCCCGCGCCCCGCCCGGCCCCGCCAUGGUGUCCUGGAUCAUCUCUCGCCUGGUGGUGCUCAUCUUUGGCACCUUGUACCCAGCCUAUUCUUCCUACAAGGCCGUGAAGACAAAAAACGUGAAGGAAUAUGUGAAAUGGAUGAUGUACUGGAUCGUCUUUGCUUUCUUCACUACAGCUGAGACACUCACGGAUAUCGUGCUUUCCUGGUUCCCCUUCUACUUUGAGCUCAAGAUCGCCUUUGUGAUAUGGCUUCUGUCCCCUUACACCAAGGGCUCCAGCGUGCUCUACCGCAAGUUCGUGCACCCGACACUGUCCAACAAGGAGAAGGAGAUCGACGAGUACAUCACACAGGCCCGAGACAAGAGCUAUGAGACCAUGAUGAGGGUGGGCAAGAGGGGCCUGAACCUGGCCGCCAAUGCUGCGGUCACAGCUGCUGCCAAGGGCCAGGGGGUGCUCUCAGAGAAGCUCCGGAGCUUCAGCAUGCAGGACCUGACCCUGAUCCGGGACGAGGACGCACUGCCCCUGCAAGGCCCUGACAGCCGGCUCCGCGCCAGCCCUGGCAGCCUCCUGGACACCAUUGAGGACUUGGGAGAUGACCCUGCCCAGAGUUUAAGGUCUAGCAUGAACCAGGCAGAUCCCCGGACAGAGGCCUCUGAAGAUGAUAUGGGAGACAAGGCCCCUAAGCGGGUCAAACUGGUCAAAAAAGUGCCCAAAGCUGAGCCGCUGGCUUCCAAGACACUGAAGACCCGGCCCAAGAAGAAGACCUCUGGCGGGGCUGACUUGGCUUGAGGUCCUGACCCGCCCUCCCCAGGCUGCAGAGCCCCCGCUCCACACUGUGCCAGUAGCCCAAGUGUCUCAGGCCCCAGGGCCCCUCCGAUGGCUGCCUGCCCAGUGACCACUCCUCUGGAAGGUCUUGGAAAAGAGGAAGGAGGCCCUGCUGUGGGGGUGGAGGGUAGAGGCUGGAGGGGUUGCUGAGGACUGAGCCACCCAAGGAGGUGGGGGCUCCUUAGAGCCCAAAUUGCUCUUCUCCCUGCUCCAGUCCUGCCCCCACCCACCCAGUGCCUUGCUGAAGACCAUGGCCAUCCUAACAUGCCCCCACUGCUCUGUCUGGGGUGCGGGGUGGGGGGCAGGCACAGUCCAGAAUGACCAGAGAUGGGCCCGAAGGCACCUGGGAGACCAGGAGGGAGUGGGGAAGGCUUCAGAGAACCUGGCUGAGGGCUCCAGGCCACACCUGUGAAUGGAGGGCAGGGCCUUAAUGUGCAUUUAAAGCACCAGGAUGGCCAGGCCAGAGCUGCAGUUGGGGGCACUGGGUAGGGCUGUGUGCUACAUGCCCCACUAAAAAGAAGUGGGGCUCCAGGGGGGGGGGUGUGUGUGCGCGCGUGUGUGUGUAUUUCUGGGUCUAGGGCGGGGGGGAUUGGGGGUAAAGGACUUUCCUGCCAGCAGCAACCACCCCCCACCGCAAGCCCCGGCUGGCCCUUCCCUGCUUUCAGCCCUCCUUCCUACUCUCGGACCCUCAGAGGACCCCAGCCCGCCCUGAGAGGAUGGGAUUCUGAGGGCCUCUUACCUCCUCCUCUGCCCUUGAUACCCUUCCGCCCCCUCCCAUUCCUGCCCUGCCCCUGUGCUGGGCUCCUCCACCCCUCAGGGCCCACUGCAGAGGCCCCUGCUGAGCCAGCUCCUUUCCUCCUCACCUGGGGGCUCAUCUUCCUUUCCCCCAGAGCCCUCUUCCUGUGCCAAGCAAACUGGGCCCCAUGUGAGCAGGCUCUUAUGAGCCCAGGCUUUGCCCCACACUCUACCCCAGCUUCUGCUGUGGCUUCAGUCAGGGCCAGGAGGAGUGUGUGAAGAAGAAAAGAAAUUUAGGAGCCAAAGGGCUUCCAAUUCUGUGGAAAGAGGGUGCCUGUUGGACCUUUGGCACCAGAUGAGCCAAUAAACCAAAUUCUGGCGCCUCAUG